CGAUGAUAUUGAGACAGAUCUUGCUCGAACUCUGAGUUUGGAGCUAUUCCCGGCCCACACCUCCAUCAUCAGUUUUCUUGUACCAAAAGUUGUCGUCAUGUCCGAACAGACCCCUAUUCUCCAACACCCAACCAUUGGGCCAAUUCGUGGGGUGGUGAAGAAAGUCGGCGUUACACAGUUUCUUGGUGUUCAGUAUGCGACCUUGAAAGAUCGCUUCUCACGUGCUGAGCUCUUGAACUCGUACCCAUCAGACCACCCCCGUGUCCAAUACGGCAUCUUUGACGCAACAACCCUCGCGCCCAUUCCAUUGAGCCCAGCGAACGGCUGCCAAUGGGAGCACGCACUGAUUCAGCAGUCUCUGGAGUCUCCAGAGUUUGGGCAGUCAGACACGGAAUGUCUGACACUCAACAUCGCUGUACCUGAUCUCCAGGCAGACGGUCCUGAAUGGCCAGUUUUGGCCCUUGUCCAUGGCGGUGCCUUUGCGACGGGGAGCAGUUCUUACCCACAGUAUGAUCUCGCUCGUAUCGUCCAGAGAAGUGUCAAGAUUGGGAAGCCAAUCAUUGCUGUGGGUAUCAAUUACCGAUUGGGUGUCCCUGGCUUCCUCUACUCUUCUGCCAUGAAGGCUGCAGGCUACAAGCCAAACAACGGCCUUGAUGACCAGAGACAGGGCUUGCUCUGGAUCAAACACCACAUUGCAGGGUUCGGUGGUGAUGAGCACCGCGUAACCUAUAUUGGCGAGAGUUCGGGGGCGGCAUCGGGCACUUUCCAUCUCCACUCCAAGGAGCCGUUGUUCAACCAGCUGAUUUCGAUGAGCGGUUCCUCUCUGGUCAAAGCCAAGCAGCCAGAACUUGCCGAGGGGUCGUUUAAGAGGGCGUUGCAGCUUCUUGACAUUUCAGAAACUGACGAGACGGCCCAAGUUCAGCGACUGUUGACGGUCCCGAUGGAGGAUAUCAGGGAGAAGAUUGCACGCAAAGUGCCAAUGGCGCCCAUUGUCGAUGGCGACUUGAUUCCAAGAACCACAUCCUAUGCUCAGAUGGCCGACCCAGCUCGGACAGCAGAGUUGUUCCCAGGAAUGCAAUGGUGCAAGCGAAUCAUGUUUGGCGAUUGUAAGAUGGAUGGCAACGCCUACGGCCCAAGAUUGGCUGCUACAGUAGACAUAAUGCCCAAGACUAUGGCGACUUUCCUGGCUGCCACUCUGGAUCCCAUCGACCGAGAGCUGGCGCCCAAAAUCGUCUCUGGGUAUGGCCUCAACGCUUCCGCCACCGCCAACUCGCAAGAGUCUCUCAAGGCUGUUCUCGACCUCGCAACCGACAUUUGCUUUGGGCUUGGAGCGAGAACCUUCGUCAGGUCUUGGUCGCAGGCCGGGCUCGAGGCAUUCCUGUGCCACUUCAACGUUCCGAACCCUUGGGAUGGGCCGUGGAAGGGCCAUGCGACGCACAUCCUCGACAUCGUGUUUGUCCUGCAGAACUACCGUGAGCUUCUUCCUGUUGGCCAGCAAAAGGCAGGCGACCAGCAGACCGAGGACGCCAUUGCUUUCAUCCAUGGCGAGGCUCCUUGGCCAGCGUACAAGAUAGGGGCACAAGAGGGCGCUAUGGUGUAUUACGCUCCUGAGCAGGGUGAAGAGGACCAGUCUCGGUUUGUCUCUGGCGAGAUCCCUGAAGAGACUGGGCGAAGAGACAUUUUGCAGAAGCUCAUGAAGCAAGAGGUGCUGGACAAGGUAAUGGACGCUUGGGACCUCUUCAUGAAGGGCCCGAAAUAGGAAAAAAAAAGAAGUAGCCUAGAUUUGCUUCGAUAGUUUCUCAAUGGAUGUCAUCGCC